AUGCCUAAAAACACGCCUUCUGAAAUGCUUGACUACACCUUUGGCCUCGUUUGUCUCAUAUUUCUCAUACUCGGUUUCGUCACCACGAGGAGACGGUCGCGAUAUUCACUGCCCCGGUCCGCCUGGGUCGCUCAUCGUUGGGAAUGCGUUUCAGAUCCCCAGAACGCAUUCAUGGAUAACGUACUCGCGUCUAGCCGAGCAGUAUGCUGCAUCAAAUUGGGGAGGCGAAGGUUUCUCAGCUCUUACUCAGGCUUAUUAGUGAUUCCCCAAAUUUCCGCUCGCAUCUUCGCUGGCGAGUAUAUGUUUAAACGGCAUCCUCCUUCAAUCCUUGGUGACGAAAACAUCCCUCCUAUAGGAGUACAGUAUAAGAAGAUAGCAAAGAAAGUGCAAGAGCGACUACACCAAGCAUACGAUGUGCCUCAUAGCCAGAUCAAAGAACAGAUGGAAUUCGGAACCGCUUCGCCUUCUGCCAUUGUUUCUUGGAUUGAAGAACAUCCUAAUGCGACGCCAGAGGAGAUAAAUAUGGCGAAACUUGCAAUAGGUGUCUUCUAUACAGCACUGGAGUCCCUAUUUAUGAUAUUGGCUAUGUACCCGGACGUCCAGCGCAAGGCUCAAGCAGAAAUUGACACACUGAUCGGGUCAGAUCGUUUGCCAAACUUCAAUGACCGCCACCGUGGGGGUCUUCCUCAAAUCGCAGCGUUAGACCAGCUGAAAAUACCCGGUCUAGCUAUACCCCACAGUGUCAUGAAGGACGACGUGUAUAUGGGAUACUAUAUACCUGCUGGCGCGACUGUUAUCGCCAAUAGUUGGGCCGUAUUACAUGACCCAUAUCUCUAUCCAGACCCAUUUGAGGUAAAACCAGAAAGAGAUUUCCAAUCCGGAGAAGGUAUAAAUCCGGACCCCCGUGCUUUUGCAUUCGGGUACGGAAGACGGGUCUGUCCGGGACAGCCACUGGCCGAGGACUCCCUUUAUAUUGUAGCAGCCACAGUACUCGCAACGAUGAACGUUGGUCCCGACGGUCUAGUAUUGGAACCCGUGGUGGAGUAUACUGGCGACCUCAUCAGGUUGGCACUCGCUCUGAUUCAUCCCGACACACAAGACUAA